AUCGCUGACAGUGUGCCGGAGCAGAGCAGGAGCUGGCUGGCAAAAGAGGAUGUCUAGAAAGAUAUUUCUGAAGGAGGAGGAAGAAGAAGUGAGGUUACUCAGUGCAACAGAAGAAGAACAUAGCGAGAAACCCUGUAUAUCUCCCCGCGGCACAAGCAAGGCUUCUCAAAGCUAUGGCAUUCCUAGGACAAGCCAUACACCACCACCAAGAAAGUCAAGAUUUGCUUUUGACAACAGAGGCUAUGAAGGUAGCCUAAAGGACCUCACCUACUCAAACCCUGAUGUUAGUUCUGUUGUGGUGGGAAUUAUAGGUAUGACCUGCCAGUCUUGUGUCCAAUCCAUUGACGGAAGGAUCUCAAAGAUACCAGGUGUAGUCAGAAUAAAGGUUUACCUUGAUCAAGGCAAUGCUACAGUAUGUUACAUACCUUCUGAAAUAACCCCUCAGAAGAUUUGUGAGGAAAUUGAAGAUAUGGGCUUUGUUGCCCACUUACAAGAAUGCAACGAACUUUCAACAUCUCUAAAAGACAUUCAUUAUAAAGAGGAUGUGGUAAAAAUCAAGAUCGAGGGUAUGACGUUUCAGUCAUGCGUCAACACAAUUGAGGGAAAAAUUGGAAAAAUUCAAGGAGUUGAAAAAAUAAAGGUUUCUCUCACAAACCAGGAAGCAAUGAUUGUUUACUGUCCACAGUAUAUCCAGCCAGAAGAUCUACAAAAACAGAUAGAUGGUAUGGGGUUUGUGGCUUCGGUCAAAAGCAAACCAGAUCCAUCGAAGCUCGGAACAAUUAACAUAGAACGUUUAAAAAGUAUCUCUAGAGACCUCAAGCUUACGAAUACUGGUGGAAGUACAGAAAACACAAAGACAAGAACUAUUCAUAUAGAAGGAAUGCAUUGUAAAUCAUGUGUGCACAACAUAGAGGGCUCCAUUUCUGAACUCCCUGGUGUUCAGGAUAUUAAAGUCUCUCUUGAAAACAAAAAUGCUGUGAUAUCUUUUAUUGGGGGCAUUACUAGCCUAUUGACAUUAAAAGAAGCCAUUGAAGCACUUCCACCAGGACAUUUUAAGGUUACCCUCCCAGCAGAUGAUGAACAAAGUCCUGCAUCAAGAUUAAAAACAACCCUUCAUUCAUCCACUAAACAAAGCCAAAGGACCACCACAAAGACAGCUCUCAUCAGUAUUGGAGGAAUGACUUGUGGGUCAUGCGUGUCAACGAUUGAAAACACGAUCUCUCAAAGAAAGGGAGUACAAUCCAUAUCAGUGUCAUUACCUGAAGGGAUGGGAACAGUUCUCUAUAUUCAGACAGAAACAAACUCUGAGGAAAUACGAGCGGCUAUAGCAGACAUGGGAUUUGACGCUACUAUGAUUUCUGAUUCCCCGCGGACCGUCAGUAGCAAUCAUUUAAGUUCUACAUCACCUGAUGUUAGGCAGAAGCUACCAGAGACAACCAAGAAUCAAAAUCUCAAUCAAGAUUACAUUGUAGAUGUUCUCCCUAAGAAGCCUUACCCAGACAUCCCUAUGAUGAAAAAUACUACACCCCAGAAAUGCAUCUUACAAGUCACUGGGAUGACAUGUGCCUCAUGUGUCUCCAACAUUGAGAGGAACUUGAAGAAGAAAGACGGUAUUAUAUCAGUGCUUGUCGCACUUAUGGCUGGUAAAGCAGAGGUCAAAUACAUAGCAGAUAAGAUUGAACCAACGGAAAUUGCACAACUUAUUGAAAACCUGGGCUUUGGAGCUGUUGUCUUAGAAGAUUGUACGGCUACCCAUGGCAGCAUUGAGCUGGUUAUUACAGGGAUGACAUGUGCCUCAUGCGUUCACAAUAUUGAAUCACGGCUCAUGAGAACGCCAGGUAUUCUACACGCCUCUGUGGCUCUUGCCACCUGCAAAGCUCAAGUCAAGUUUGAUACUGAAAUAGUUGGUCCUCGAGACAUCAUGCAAAUCAUUGAGGGGAUUGGUUUUCAAGCUUCUUUACCUAAAAGAGAUCCAUCAGCUAACAACCUGGACCACAAAGAAGAAAUAAGACAGUGGAGAAAGUCCUUCCUGUUCAACCUCAUAUUUGGCAUCCCUGUCAUCUGCAUCAUGGUCUACAUGUUAAUUGCCCACAAUAAACACCACGGACAGUCAGUGCUGGACAGAAACAUCUUCCCUGGUUUAUCUAUAAUGAACCUCCUUUUCUUCAUACUUUGCACCUUAGUCCAGUCCUUUGGAGGGUGGUACUUCUAUGUCCAGGCGUACAAGUCUCUGAAACACAAAUCCACCAAUAUGGAUGUACUAAUUGUCCUGGCUACCACCAUCGCCUAUAUUUACUCGGUGGUUAUCCUGAUUGUGGCCAUGGCGGAGAAGUCUGAGCAGAGCCCUGAGACGUUUUUUGAUACACCCCCCAUGCUGUUCAUGUUCAUUGCCCUGGGGAGAUGGCUGGAACACAUAGCAAAGAGUAAAACCUCGGAAGCUCUUGCCAAGCUUAUAUCCCUGCAGGCUACAGAGGCGACUGUUGUGACGCUUGGACCUAAUCACUCAGUGGUGAGGGAAGAACAGGUGGCCGUGGAGCUGGUCCAGAGAGGAGAUAUUGUGAAAGUUGUACCUGGGGGCAAGUUUCCUGUGGACGGGAAAGUUAUGGAAGGAACAUCUAUGGCAGAUGAGUCACUCAUCACAGGUGAGCCUAUGCCUGUCAGGAAGAAGCCAGGAAGCAUAGUCAUUGCUGGGUCCAUUAAUGCUCAUGGAUCAGUCCUUGUGGAAGCCACCCAUGUGGGCUCUGAUACCACCCUGGCCCAAAUUGUUAAGUUAGUAGAAGAGGCUCAAAUGUCCAAGGCACCGAUCCAGCAGCUGGCAGAUAAAAUCAGUGGGUAUUUUGUCCCUUUUAUAAUUAGCAUUUCCAUUGUGACACUGAUUGGAUGGACCACUGUUGGCUUUGUGAAUUUUGAUGUCAUAUUGAAAUAUUUCCCAGAUUACAGUAAGACCAUCUCGAAGACUGAGAUAAUCAUACGGGUUGGCUUCCAGACUGCCAUCACUGUGCUGUCCAUUGCGUGUCCCUGUGCUUUAGGCCUGGCUACUCCCACUGCCGUGAUGGUGGGUACUGGAGUGGCUGCACAAAAUGGCAUCCUCAUCAAAGGUGGAGAGCCCCUGGAGAUGGCACAUAAGAUAAAUACAGUGAUGUUUGACAAGACUGGAACAAUAACUCAUGGAGUCCCUAAAGUCAUGAGAGUCCUGCUGCUGGGUGAUGUGGUCAGUAUGCCCCUAAAAAGAAUGCUUGCCGUGGUUGGUACAGCAGAAGCCAGCAGUGAACAUCCCUUGGGAAUGGCAGUGGCAAAGUAUUGCAAGGAGGAGCUUGGUACAGAAUCCCUGGGAUAUUGUACGGAUUUCCAGGCAGUCCCAGGAUGUGGGAUCCGCUGUCAAGUGAAUAAUGUGGAAAGAGUCCUGGUGCAAAGUGAAGAGGGCUUGAAUGAGCAGAAUGUCUACAAGAGCGGCCUCAUCCGUCCACAAGAAGACAGCUCCCUAAUCAUUGCUCCUGAACUACAAGGUGCCGCAGCUCCGCAACCUCAUUCUGUGCUGAUCGGGAACAGGGAAUGGAUGAGACGCAAUGGAUUGCACAUUUCCAGUGAUAUAGACGAGGCCAUGACAGCUCAUGAAAUGAAAGGACAGACUGCAGUGCUAGUAGCUAUCGAUGGUGCACUGUGUGGAAUGAUCGCCAUCGCAGACACAGUGAAGCAGGAGGCAGCUCUCGCUGUCUAUACAUUAGAAGCUAUGGGGGUGGAUGUAGUACUGAUCACAGGAGACAACAGGAAGACUGCCAAAGCAAUCGCCACUCAGGUUGGGAUCAAGAAGGUAUUUGCAGAAGUUCUUCCUUCUCACAAGGUGGCCAAAGUCCAGGCUUUGCAAAGAGAGGGGAAGAGAGUCGCCAUGGUUGGAGAUGGCAUCAAUGAUUCCCCGGCAUUAGCCAGAGCUGACAUUGGGAUUGCCAUUGGGACCGGAACUGAUGUUGCCAUUGAAGCUGCAGAUAUUGUUCUUAUCAGGAAUGAUUUGCUUGAUGUUGUUGCCAGUAUUCAUCUCUCAAAGAGGACAGUGAGAAGAAUAAGAAUUAACUUCAUGUUUGCACUCAUCUAUAAUCUUCUAGGCAUUCCCAUUGCAGCAGGUGUGUUCCUACCGGUGGGGUUGGUGUUACAACCAUGGAUGGGGUCAGCAGCUAUGGCAGCAUCCUCUGUCUCCGUGGUUCUGUCCUCUCUACAACUGAAGUGCUACAGGAAACCAGAUUCGGACAUAUAUGAAGCUAGGGCCCAGGGGAAAAUGAAGCCACUUAACCCAUCGCAGAUAAGUGUUCACGUUGGAAUGGAUGAAAGAAGGGAUAUCCCAAUGUCCGGUACCUGGGACCAGAUCAGUUUCAUCAGCCAAGCCUCAUCCAGCAGGCACUCUCGUCAGAAUUCAUUAGCCGGCGACCGACAAGACAAGUGGUCUCUUCUCAUUGAUGAGGCUGAUGAAGAUCAGUACAUGUAGCAGAGAUGAAGGACCACUGUCUGUAUGAAGGGACUAUUAUGACGCUCUGUAUUUAUCACAUUCAGCAAUUAUCUGUAAUCUGUAAUGUCUGGGGAAUAACAAACAAACACUAAUACACUGAAAUACAGUAGAAAGAGCAAAAUGAAUAAAAGUAUACAGGUUACUGCCA